UGAGGUGAAGGGGAUGAUGACACAGACAAGGCUCAGGGCCUGAAGGCAGACCUGUCCCAUUUCCCUUCUUGCUGUACUGAGUCAUUCCAGCUCCUUAUCUAAAUCCCUUUGUUGGUCAGGGGGAGCCUUUUUUGGGAGCUGACUCGAAAGUAUGUGAACUCACAUGCCCGAAGAGCAUCUGUUUCUGCUUGCCGGGGAGGAGGGAGCUGAAGGUUUCGCUCCUUCCCCCUCUAAUGCCCCGACGCUCGGACCCCUUCUUGCACUUCAGCAGCUCUGUAGAGGAAGGCAGACCCGGCAGUGACAGAGAUGCUGGAGGGCAGGAAGGCGCCUCGCAGCGAAGGAGGCGGCGAGCGGAGGCAGGGAUUCACUGGAGAGGCUCCGGGUGUCCCCGCUCGCCGCCGGACCCGGGCUGCGGGCUGCUAGGGCAGGAAGCGCCGGGCCGCGCCGGGGCUGCCUGGCCCCGCAGGGAUUUCCUCCCGGGCAAUCCGCUAUCUGCCAGGGCAAAUCUUCCCUCUGCCUCCCCCAUCCCCAUCCCUGCUCCCCCAGCUCCUCUCCCCGCCUUCCCUCAGCCUCUCGCUCACACACGCACACACACACGCGCUUUACUGCCAAAAACCGUCCUCCGCCCCCCUCCUCAGCUAACUUCCUUUCAGCAUUUUUUUUCUUUUUGAGCUGGAUUAUCCUAGGAUUUGUAAAACGGGGGAAAGGAGAGAGCGACUGAGCAGGAGUCAGGACAGGAAGCUGGUUUCUCAUUCCUCCAAGUGUCCAAAGCAGGAGGAGGGGAAGGGGGGGAGCCAAAGAGGAGCCUUGUGCAGACUCUUCCCCAGUCCCUUUUCAUUAGUCCGUUUGAACUUCCAGUCUCCUCCGAAAGCCGAGAGGAGGACGACCAGACUGGGACGCCUUCUGCUGGAAGUGGCGACAGCGCGACUGACGAAAGCCAGAAGGUGGCUGUGGAGGGUCCCGGGAUCUCGCUGAGGGAAAAGACGUCCUCCCACCAUCUCCUGCCCCCAACUUGCCAGCUCUGAUGCGGGCACCCACCCACCACCCACUUGCCUCUGAUGAGAACCCUUCUGGGCUCAGGCUAUGAUCGCUGCUGCUGCGGGCUGUGGAGCCUCCUCUCGCCCUGACCUUCUUCUGCCACAGGAGCAGCCCAACAUCUGGUGGGGAUUAAUGUUUACUUCUCUGGCUGGACGCUGUACGGGACCCCCGAUGUUGCUCCCUGGGAGCGGGACACGGGCGGUGGUCUGAGGAGAAGAGCAAGAAUUUUGUCGCCCAGCGUGAGGCCGGGGGGAGGGGGGCAAGGCAGGAGGGGGGUGAACCUCUUUUGGGACUAACCUCAUGAAGAACAAGGGAGCCAAACAGAAACUCAAGAGGAAGGGAGCCGCGAGCGCGUUCGGCUGCGACCUGACGGAGUAUCUCGAGAGCUCUGGGCAGGAUGUCCCUUACGUGCUGAAGAGCUGUGCGGAGUUCAUUGAGACUCAUGGCAUCGUGGAUGGGAUCUACCGGCUCUCAGGAGUGACAUCCAACAUACAGAAGUUGAGACAAGAGUUUGUUUCUGACCAAUGCCCAGAUUUGACAAGGGAAGUUUACCUCCAGGACAUCCACUGUGUGGGGUCACUCUGCAAGCUGUACUUCAGGGAACUGCCCAACCCUCUCCUCACUUAUGAGCUCUACAAGAAAUUCACGGAAGCAGUGUCACGCUUCCCUGAGGACGAGCAGCUGGCACGAAUUCAAAAUGUCAUCCAGGAGCUGCCACCAUCACAUUACAGAACAUUGGAAUACCUGAUCAAGCACCUGACUCACCUGGCCUCCUUCAGCAACAUGACCAACAUGCACACCAGAAACCUGGCCUUGGUGUGGGCUCCAAAUCUCCUCAGGUCCAAGGAGAUUGAGGCAGUUGGCUGCAAUGGGGAUGCAGCUUUCCUGGAGGUGCGAGUGCAGCAAUUGGUGAUCGAGUUCAUCCUCAACCAUGUGGAUCAGAUCUUCAACAACAACAGGAAAGCCAGCUCUGCAGAGAACAUUGAGAGCUCAUCAGUUGUGAAAAGUUUGACCCUCCCCUCGGCCUCCCUGCCAAUGAAACUGGUAAGCCUGGAAGAAGCCCAGGCACGGAGUUUGUCUGCAUCCCAUCCUGCUCGGAAGGAGAGGAGAGAGAACAGCUUGCCUGAAAUUGUGCCUGUAAUUGGGUCCCUCUUCCACACAGUUGUUGACCUUCCUGACAGCAAGAGGAAAUUAUCUACCAAGUCCAAGAAAUGGAAGUCAAUAUUUAAUUUGGGCCGCUCUGGCUCAGAAUCAAAGUCUAAACUGAGUCGAAAUGGGAGUGUCUUUGUAAGGGCACAGAAGCUCUCUGAAAAAGCAACUAUUCGGCCUGCAAAGAGCAUGGACUCGUUGUGUUCCCUGCCAGUGGAAGGGGAGGAUGACAAAAGCAGGUUCAAACGCUCAGUGACUACUGGAGGAUUCUUUGUUCCCACCAAGAUACGGACAGGAGGCACAGGCAGCUCAUAUGACCUCAGAAAAGAGAAUGAGUGGGAGCGGGAAGGAUCUGCCAUGGGGGCCAAAGGAAGUUCAGAGCUGGGUGGGGAGAGAGGUCUUCCCCGGACACCGCAGGUGAAGUCACCCCCUGAGCAGCUGAAGGUUUUCCGGGUAGCAGAGGAUGCUGAAAACGAGCAGACUUCAGCCAAAGGAGUGCUCAUGUUCUACACCUCUGAAACAGCCACCAAGUCAGGCUUCCCGAGCAGCCUCUUUCCCUUGGAGGCCUCUCCUCAUCACCAGAGGAAAGCCCUGAACAUCUCGGAGCCAUUUGCUGUCUCUGUCCCGCUGAGGGUAUCGGCAGUCAUCAGCACCAACAGCACACCCUGCCGCCUGCCCACCAAGGAGAAGCAUUCCCUCUCCAGUCUAGAGGAGCUGUCUUCUCUGGUGGAGGGCACGAGCCCCUCUGCUCUGGAGGCAGGGACCCACACAAGGACAGAGCAGGCAACAGAGCGCAAGGAGAAACAGCCAGGGCCAACUCUGCCAGUGGCAGCAUCCAGAGGCUCUCAUCCCGAGGAGCUGAUGGCAGCUGGGAAACCUGAGUCCCUAGAAAUGCUACAGCCAGCAGCAGAAAAUCAGGAGACAUGUGGGCAAAGCAGCUGCACAAGCAGCACCAGCAGCCCCCAGCAGUCCUCAGAGCAGAGUCCCACCUUGGAACAAACACCAGCUUCUGAGUUCCAUAAGGAACCACUCCCAGCAGACAAAGCAGAGCAAGGACAGCUCAGGAUGAAGGAUGUCUCCUCAGAAGUCAGCUGUGACCAACAGGAGAUUGAGAUGGCUAAGACAGAAGAAGGAUCACGCCUAAGAGAUGUGACUGAGGAGGACCUGACGAAUGCCCUUCUAGAACCACUCUGGCCAGAGAUACAGCAGGAACUGAAAAUUAUAGAACCUGAAGAGGAGCUCUUGCUCUUGCCAGCAGCUGUUCCCAAGACAAGCCCAAUUUCUGAAUCCUCCUCUUCACUACAAACAGAUAGUCUUUGCUGUGGCCCGGGGCAGAGUCCAACACUCAGUGAGCAGAAAUCUGAAAGCAGAGCAUCACAGAUAAGUCAGGUGCCUUUAUUUGGUGCCAGUGGCAUGGAGCAACAAGACAGCCUCCCCAGCUGCCAGUCUGAUGCAAUUGCACAACAGAGUGGUGCUUCAGCCCUACCCAAACUGGGCACUCUUCCAAUGGGCUCAGCCACUCCAAAGAACCACCAGUCAAUGGUGGAGAGCAGGAGUGAAUGUCUUACUCCUACCCCGGACUGGAAGCUUCAUGGUCAAUCAGAAUUUAGUGAGAUUGCCACUAGUGAUGGAUUAUCUUGUUCCAAAGGAGCAUGUCCAGAAUCAGGGAAGGAAAAAGAUGGCACUUACCAGUUCCAGAGGGAAAAGGAUGGUCUUACCAGAGUCCACACUGAGAGGGAGAAGCAUGAGAUAAUGACUACUGAUGAAAGGGACACAUUCUCCUCCAAGGCACUGAUUGGAGCUGGAAUCCAGGAGGUGAAGGAAGGCAAUGCUGUUAGCAGAACCCAGGAUGCCACUGACCAGGAUGAUGAGGAUGCCUGGACAGAUAAUGUGCAGAGCUUAGAACUUGUGGAGCCUUGGGAGGAUCACCAGUGGGUUACAAGCCCUCUCCAUUCUCCCACCUUUAAGGACAUUCAGGAGAAGAUGACCCAGGAGUUUCACCCACAGGGCCAGAGAGCAGAGACAGGAAUUUCUCUUAGGCCGCGGUUCAGUCGCAGCCUCUCCCUGGACAGUAAAGACACAGUGCUGAGUCUCUGGACUACCCCGUUCUCUUUCAUAGAUGCCACUGACCAGCAGCAGCCAUGUGGUGACAUUCUGCAUUCAGCGACUUGUGAGCUGGCCAAAACACAACCCAUGUCCCCCUCUACUUUGGGCAAAGCGAUGCAAGAUGAGAAUGGCCCAAGUCCUCCAGAAGAACCUUCAAAACCUGAGUACCCCCUUAUCAGGGAGAAAGCACCAGGUGAGAAAGCAGGACCCUCCAGAGUCCCUCUUUUGGAGACAGAGAGAAGAAAAGUGCAUGUGAGCAAAGAAAACCCUUGGAGCCCAAAGCUUGAGUUAUCUUUGUCAUACCAAAAUAAUCCAGGCAGUUCUUCACAGACUAAGAACACAAAGGAGGAGUUAUCCAUCUCUCAGGACACUGCCCUGGGAGGAGAGACUGUCACAAAAGCCUUGUCUUCUGCCACUGAGUCACAGCUGAGUAAUAAAGGUGAAGAAACACCUCGCAAAGUAAAGACCAGGCCUUCAUCCCUCAACUUGGAUUCACUCCUCCCAGCCCCAGAUUUCUUCACAUUUGAGAGCCUGUCCAUGCCAUCUGCCCCUGGGAACCUCCUAUAUGGGCAGAAGGAAGUAAAAAGCAGUGAUUCUGUCCCAUCCCUGCCAACACACUGCCCUGCUGCCAGUAGGGGUGUUCCCUGGGGGUCUCAUUUCAAUGCCCCUGUGGAUCUAGACUUGGAUUACCUGGCAGUGGCCCACGCCACCACUGGCCGUCGUAACUCUGCCCCCGUCAGCGUAUCAGCUGUCAGGACCUCCUUCAUGAUUAAGAUGUGCCAGGCUAGAGCGGUGCCCGUGAUACCGCCCAAGAUUCAGUACACCCAGAUCCCCCAGCCCCUGCAGGCUCAGAAUGCUGCUCCAGCCACUGAGAAGAAGGAAGCAGAAGCCAAGCAGGCCAUCAGGCAAGCUCCACGGGUGGCAUGGAGCCACCUGGAUGCCCCCAAGAGCCCGCUGACAGAAAAGAAAGCCAAAGCAGAGAAAGAAAACAGUGACCCUGCUCAAAAGGACUCAGCAUGUCCUUGGCAUGGCAGCCUGGGCUCUCCACUGGAGCCACCUCAGUCCAGUCAUCACUCUGCUCUGGAUGCCCCUGUUCUGCGCCGAAAGCGCACAUCUGGCGGGGAGACAGCUGGAGAUAACCCACAAUCUUCAAAGAUAGAGAGGCCAUCAGGGUUCUCCAAACCUUCCUACAGAUCUAGGCCUGGGAGGCCUCAGAGUCUGAUUCUCUUCAGUCCCCCUUUCCCCAUCAUGGACCACCCCACGUCCUCAGCAGACUCCAGGGUAUUGUUGUCACCCAUCAGGAGCCCCACCCAGACCACCUCCCCGAGCCCCAUUUGCGGCGAUCUGUCCGACCCCGCGCGGACGACGCCCGAGGGGGUGACGCUGCGGAACAAAAUGACCAUCCCCAAGAACGGCCAGAGACUGGAGACCUCCACCAGCUGCUUCUACCAGCCCCAGAGGCGCUCUGUGAUCCUGGAUGGACGAAGUGGGAGGCAGAUUGAGUAGCAGCUGCUCCUCCUAUUCAUUUUCUGUGAUGGUUGGAAUGGGAAUAUUCAAGACCAACUCUGUUGCCAUUUUGCUGUUGUUAAAACUAUUCUGUGCAAGAUGGACCUGAAUCCUUUAUGGUUUCCUACAAAGCUUUUGCUAUGGUAUCUUUGUCUUGCUUUUCAUUCCCCUUGUUGCUCCUGCCUAGUCCCUCACUGUCUUUUUUUUUUUAUGGUAAGCCAGCCCCAGGGAACUUGCAUUUCUCACACCUGUUCUCUAAUAAGCCCUGUGAAAGUCUCAUCCUCCCUAUGGAAAAAAAGGAAAGGUAAAUCUUUGAAUAAUUAGAAUAUAGGACUGAGAGGAAACGUUGUUACUAAACACUGCAGUUCAGGGUGCAGGGGCGCAGCAUGUGCUGAGGAGGUAAGUCCAGAUGUUUGGGAACUCCUAUCAUUGUUUCCCAGACAUCAAUGAAGACUUCCUGAUUUAUACAGUGUAAAUAAACAGUGCAGGAGGCUGGGCAUAGCUAAAGAGGAAGGUGAAGUUGGCAUGAGCAAAUCACACAGGGUGUGAGGCACCCAGGGAUGUUCCAGUGAUAAACAUCUAAGGUGAGGACGCUGCCUCCAGCUCUCUCCUUGCAUCAGAGACGGUGCUCUUUCCAGCCUGUGCAAGGGCUGGAAUAAAAGCACCUGGGCGGAAGUGCCUAGUUGUUCUUUCAGUCUUCCAGGCCUUGCUCACAAGUUCUCUGUGCUCAGUCUUUCCUUCCUCGGGCACACAAGAUGGGUGUGGCUGAGGAAUGAGUGUGCAGCUGGCUGCCCAGCAGUAGAGACCCCUCAGGCUGAAAGCAGUGGCAGCCAAGGCAAGGUCAUACUGAAGGCCAGUAUUGACUGUUUUCAUCUUUGCUUAAAGCCAGAUGACACCUCUGCAGCUGUCUACAGCUGAGCUCCACACUGCCAACAGCAGACAAAAGCAAGAGGAUCUUCUUAUCUCCAUGUCCUUGGGCUUUUGCCCUCUUGCACACUGACUGACAUAUCUUUGACCCUUGGUCUUUCAUUGCCACUGUGUGGCAUGUCCCCAGGUGCUUCUACUCCAUUUCAGUUUUGUCUCCUAUUAGUUUACACUGUUUGUUUGAGAGUGUGGCUGGUUGCCACCACCCUGGACCUCAGUGCUUUCAGACUGAUUAAGAGUAUGGUAAAGAGGAUGAUUUCUGGGACUGCAGAACAGAUCAUGACAAGUCCUGAGAGGGGUAUUUGAAGUGAAUUAAACUCUCUCCUGAAGGAAACAUUAAUGUUACAGGCAAAUAUGUGUUCAGAUAUGCAACAGCUGCCAUGGGAAUAGAAUUAAAGCUUCCUUUAUAAAGCCUCUAACUCUGUAUUCACCACAGGCUCAUCUAUUGCCUGAUCUAUGGCUGUGGGUGAUGGCAAAGUCAGGUACAGCCUGUGCUGUCUCUGCAAUUUAAGUGUCACUGGUGACUACAGAGGAGACAGGAACACAGGUGUUGCUGCCAGCACUGAGAUUGUCCCUGUAAUGUGCUUGCAGGGGCCAUCAUUCCUGGAGAUGUCUGAGUCUGCAGGCCCUCAGGUGGGUGUGAUGGGCUAUAGUUUAAGCAGUAAACUAUUAGGAAGUGCUAUAACCACCACAAUGAGUGUCACCCAGAAUUUCCCAAAAGAUGUGUGUUUAGGGCUUUGUUUUGUAAAGUACUGGCAAUUUCCAAUGGUUGGUAAACUCACCCCAUGAGUUCCUAUUCUGCACACACUGUGUCACUUUAUUAGUGCCAUUGUGGCUGGAGAGCCCUGAGCCCUCCAAUACAGUGCUUUCUCUGAACUCUUUGAUUGCUAAAGGAGAGAUAUGCCAGGGUAUUUUUGAGAAGUUAUGGGCCCACAAACACAAAGAAUAUAUCUUCAGCAGAAUUUUCUCCUUCCAUUUCCAAAGGGAAUGUGAAAAACAAGAGGGCUUUUCCUUGUCACAAGCUGCAGUCUUUGAUCCUCCCCACUGCACUCUUUAUUUGUGUAUAGUGCCACAUGGGAGCAGAGCAGAGAACUAAGUCUGUGCUGUCAGUUUUUUUGAAGGAGAUUAUUAAACCAGAUGAGAGCCUGGAGUUCUUAUUUGGGUCCAUGUUCUUUCACAGGCAGCAGCCUAUGCUUUACCUGGGCAAGCUGUGGACAGCAGGCCCAAAAUAUGCAGCUUCAUGACAAUUGUAUUAUUCUACUCCAAGACCAUAAUAUGCCUGUUAUUAAAACUAGGGAAUUUCCAGUUCUUCAUGCUCCUCAUAGUUAGCACAGCUCCACACUGCAUAUAUAUGUCACUGUCUCCUGAGAAAGCUUUUAGUUGCCAUGGCUGGGUUAAUGACAAAGGAAAGGUGUGAUAUGAGGUAUUGUGGUAAGGUUUUAGAGGAAGUAAUAGUUGUGGAAACGGUGCCCAGGUUUUUUGGCAUCAACAAAAGAAUUUACUUUGGACAAGGACUUAUAGUCUCUCAGGUCCUAGAAGUUUUGACUGCCAAGGCAGCUGGAAGGGAGUGAGAGAAGCUCACAAUAAGGAAAGGUGAUGAAACCUUGCAUAUUACAACCAUUUUUUUCCACCUCCUUAUUUUCGUUUAAGCUGAUCUAUGAACAAGAAAUGAGGUCUGGCAAUUUGUAUAUAAUACACUGUCUUUAUUCAUAACAGCAUUCCAGUAAGUAAUAGCGCUUUUGGCAUAAAUGGUGAAACUCCUGCAAGAGAAAAUUAUUAGAAAUUUUUACUUGAUAUUAAAGAUCAGCCUCAACUAAGAUCUGUAUCCAGACUAUACUUUUAAAGGAUGUUUCAGAAUUUGAACUCAACAACAGAGUUGGGUCCUGGAUUUUAAUUAAGCAGAGAUGCUGCAAUGGUAUCUCUGUUUUGUAGCUUGAUCCCAUUGCUUAUCUACAAUUUAAUCUCUAGCCUUCAGCUGAUGUAUCCAGAACUCUUAAAAUAAAGCCCCAGGUCCUGCAGAGAUGAAAGCA